CUGUUUUCCAACAGGAUGUCCCGUUGCUGGGCCCCAGAUAGGCCCAGUGGGAAGGCGGGCCCUGAUCUUGGCCAUUCACCUGCCUUUUCCUACCAGGGCCGGGGCGGUGGGCACCGCAGGGGCCUCACGGCCUUGGAUAUGACGCUUUCCAUGACUGGCCGAGAACGGGCUGAGUAUACUCGCUGGAAGCAGGAACGGGACCAGAUUGACCGGGAGCGCUUGGCCCGACACCGCCAGCCCACGGGGGAGUGGCGCCGAGAAUGGGACGCUGAGAAGAUGGACCCUGCGCUGAAAGAGGGCAGCGAGCCUGGAGGCUCAUCUGGUGACAAGCAGGAGCGCUCUAAGCGCCCACCCAAGCUGCCCACUUUUGGGGAGUUCCUGAUUGGGCAGCCUGGGGACCGGCACUGGAAGAUCCGAGGCCAUGGUCGCCCACGAGGGAGUCCUUCCAAGCCCUACAGCAUGCACGACGAUCGGUGGGAAAAGGAGGAGCCAGGCCAGACGCUUCCUGCAUCUGCGGGGGAGGAUAAGGCAGAUGUUGCUCCUGUGCUGCAGGCAGAGCCACAAAUAGCAGCGGAGACAGAGGAGGAAGAGGAUGAGUGGGAGGAUGUCAGCGGGGAGGAGGAAGAAGAAGAAGAGGAAGAAGCCGAAGCUGAAGCCAACAGCAGCCAGGAUUCUUCCUUAGAGGAGGACAGGCCUCAUCCCUCCUGCUCUCCUGUACCCCCAAGGCAGCCCGGGCAGCUAUCUGCAGUUCUGCCUGCUUUACCUCAGGAGACUCCAGCCAUGGAGGGGGCACCCUUGACCCCCCUUGGGCCAGCAGAGGGAUACCAGCCUGUGUCCGACUGGGGUGAAGAGAUGGAGAUGCACUCCCCUCGGGCCAGCAAUAGCAACCAAAACCCCUUGGCUGUACCCAUGGAGGAAUUAUCUGCUGGGACUGCUGGAGUGGAUCCCCCCGUGCUGCUGGCAAUGCAGGGAUCCCUUCCUGUGGAUCCCCCAGCAGAAGGAGCAGCUUCUGCACCCAAAGCCCCGGAGGCAGAGAUAAAAAUGGAUUCAGAAGUGCCUAAGCCUAAAGAGGUGGUUGGCUGAGUAAGGCAGAAGAAAAGGGAGCGGCUGGAGAUUGACGGACCUGAGGCUGUACCCUGAUGGUUCUUUUCCAGAAUGCAGCUGGCAGCCUGCUGAGAACCGAGCCGGGCCACCUUCUUCCUUGGAGCUGCUGGACACAGCUGUGACACACACAUGCAUUCUGUGUGUUUCUGCCACUCUUGAACAGUCUCCCGUUUGGCCAUGUCAGCCUCCUGCCGCCCGCUCUCCUGUCACUUUUAGUGCUCUUAACGCAUAAAUCAUGGACAGGUGGGGCCUGCAGUCCUCCUCAGAUGGAAAGGUGUUGUCUCUCUCCAGCCCAGUCCUUGUGGUCUAUUACCUGUGGGUCUGGGUGGAGUGAUCUCGGCCCUAGGGGACAGGACGAGGGGCCUUCCUGUCACGGGGUUAAGAGUUUGGCUCCUCCAUAUCAUGUACGAAGCAAAUAAUUUCUUGACAAUAAAGCUUGCACGUGUCUUGCCUCCCUACCCGCCCCAGGGUCCUCUCUGAAGCGCAGGUGGGGAGGAAGACGGACCUUGU